AAACCGGAAGAGACCAUCUCAUCUCCUGUGAACAUGACUUCCAAGCUGGCUGUUGCUCUCUUGGCAGCCUGUGUGCUUUUUGCAGCUUUGUGUGAAGCUGCAGUUGUGCCAAGGAGCAGAACAGAACUUCGAUGCCAGUGCAUAAAGGUGCACUCCAAUCCUUUCAAUCCCAAAUAUAUCAAAGAACUGAGAGUGAUUGAGAGUGGACCAUACUGUGCAAACUCAGAAAUCAUUGUAAAGCUUGUCAAUGGAAGCGAGCUCUGCCUGGACCCUAAGAAAAAGUGGGUGCAGGAGCUUGUGAAGGCAUUUUUGAAGAGGACUGAGAAGCAAGAUUCAUGAAAGAAGCGCAUUCUUCAUGAUGUCCAAGAAUUCUUCAGUAAAGAUGCCAAUGAAACUUCAAACAAAUUUACUUCAGUGCUUCAUGUACUGUGUGGGUCUGUUGUAGGGUU